ACGCUUUCUGUACAUACCUGUUCUGUCAUAAAGAUGAAAGUCGCGAUGCUUUCCGUACAUGACUGUUCUGUCGUGAAGAUGAAAUACCGUGAUGCUUGUUUUCUGCACAUGAUUAUUCUGUGUUGAAGAUUAAAACCCCUUGAUGCUUUCUAUACAUGUCUAUUCUGUCGCGAAGGUGAAAGUCUGAUGCAUUCUGUACAUGGCUCCAUGGUUGCUUUGUCGUGAGAUGAAAGUCACAAUGCUUUCCGCACGUGACUAUUCUACGAUCAUAAAAAUGAUCGCCACGAUGUUUUAGGUUUCUGGACUUAUAUAGUUAGUUUUAGAAAACUGAGACACCGAAUGCGUAGGAAUGACUAGCAUUGCUUAUGAAAUUCGACUCAUGCGCAAAGAAGAUAUUCCCGAAGUACUGGAUCUUUGGCGCGAAAGUGAAAUGGACAAACCAGCGCACAGUCUGUCUACGUGGUUUAAAGUGGAUCCGGGAGGCUUUUAUGUGGCAGUAACUGAUAUUGGAGAUGUUGUGGGCGUAUGUUCUGCUGUCUUGCAACAUAAAAACUUGGCUGUCAUUGGCUCUUACUGUGUGAAAAGAAAGUAUCGUGGACUAGGGAUUGGACGUAAGGUUUGGAAAGCUUGCAACGAACGCAUUGGCUCUCGAAAUGCUGCUGUGAGUGCCGUGCCGGGGAAGAUCGAGUUAUACAGAGAUACAUGUGGAUAUCCCAUUGUGGAAAAAGAGUGGGUUGCCUUGCUUUACAGAACUACAGCCAGUUUAAAAGUGAAUGAAUUGUCAGACAGUAUUUCAGAAAAAUAUGACAUUCGGCCAUAUACGGAAACGGACCUUCCUCUGAUGAUCGAAUACUUUUCCGUGCUAAUGGGUUACAAGUUGGAUCUGGCCAUCAGACUCAGUUGCAAGGAAGCUGACAGUCUAACUUGUGUGGCAAUUAAAAAUGAUUCUUGCGUGGGAUUCGGUUCUGUUAAGAUAAGCUACAACGGCGAAGCUCAUGUUACCCCUCUCUAUGCGGAUUGUCCUCUGGUGGCAGAGUUCCUCUUGAAAAAGUUACUCCUUUCUUUGUCUCAGGCUAAGGGAUAUGUAAUAAAAACAGUAAGUUCAAAUCGUGCUGCAAAUGAAAUUGCCCAGCGCCUCGGUUGGUCAAGCCCCGAGCUGAUUCCAAGACUGUACCGCAAAAGGAAACUGAAAGUAGACACUAACAAAGUGUUUGCGCUUUCUGUUCUUAGUUUCGCACCUUUUUGAAACGGGGCGGAAUUUCUGACAAAAGAAAUAUUGGAGAGCUUAUUUCUUCACAACUCAUUUCUCAAAUGUUGGACUGUGGAUCAAAGUGAAAUAGUUAAGAUGACUGAGCCUUUUCAAAAUGAACAAAUUCGAAAUUUGUUUUGAAAAUUAUAGCACAUAAAAAAAGAGCAUUGUAUUUCAUUGUAAUAAAACUUGCAUUGAAACAUUAUUUUUAAUU